CCAUCACCUUCUUCAACAUUUCAUUUCCCUCUCAUUUCUUCUUAAACUUUUCCACAUCCCUCUCCUCAACCAUGAACUCCGAACUCGACCCAACUCGUAAUCCAUUCUCUUCUCGUUUUCCUCGUUCAAGGCUUAUGCGACUUUGUCUGGAUGAUAUGAAUGCCUCUGCUCAAAGGCGGGCUCUGUUAAUGCGCGGCAUGUUUACUCUCUUAGCUCACUAUCUCGAUGACGACGAAGACGAAGACGAAGACGAAGAGGAGGAGGACGAGGAUCCCCAAGAACAAGGUUUAUAUUCUGAUUCUGAUUCUGGUUCUUCUGACGAUGAAUUUAUGCUCUUGUGCAUUGUUCCACUACUAUUCAUAGCCGGAGAACAAGACCCACUCGCUAACCGGAAGCGGCGACGCUCAACUACUCGAAACCCAAACGACGACGUUCCGCGCAAGGCCCACGCUGGUCCCCACUCGCCUUCGUUGACAAGCGACGCGGAGAGCCCAUUUAAACCCGAGAAGUCGCUCGUUCCAAGAACAAAACCCGACACGUCGUUUAUCCUCCACCCGAAAAACCCGGAAAUGGAGUCGCCGGAGCAGAUCUUCAUUCUUUCGGGGCAGAGCAACAUGGCGGGUCGGGGCGGCGUGAUCCGUGACCACGGCCACAACCACCACCAGCACUGGGACGGCGUCGUUCCGUCGGAGGCUCAGCCCGACCCUUCGAUCCUCCGCCUCAACGCUCACCUCCACUGGGAGGCGGCGCGUGAGCCUCUCCACGCCGACAUCGACGCCAAGAAGGUGUGCGGUUUGGGUCCGGGAAUGUCGUUCGCCAACGCGGUGAGGGGGCGCGUGGAGGGGAAGAUUGGGCUGGUGCCGUGCGCGGUUGGCGGCACGGCGAUCAAGGAGUGGGCGCGUGGGGAGCAUCCGUACGAGAACAUGGUGAAGAGGGCGCGUGAGAGCGUGAAGAAUGGGGGAGAGAUCAAAGGGUUGCUGUGGUACCAGGGGGAGAGCGACACGUCGUCUCAGCAUGAUGUUGAUGCGUACCACGAGAACAUGGUUAGGCUCAUUGAGAAUGUGCGCCAUGACCUUGCUUUGCCUUCACUUCCAAUAAUCCAGGUGGCUAUUUGUUCUGGUGAUGAGAAGUUCUUGGAGAAAAUUAGGGAGGUUCAAUUGGGGAUGAAGGUUGAGAAUGUUGUGUGUGUGGAUGCCAAGGGAUUGGAGCUGAAAGAUGAUCAUCUUCACCUGACUACCAAGGCUCAAGUUCAGUUGGGUCAGAUGCUUGCUGAUGCUUACCUCAAGCAUUUUGGAUCAGCUAAUUCCCAUCAUCCUGCCCUUUAGAGUAAACUAUGAAAUUUCUUUUGAUAUGUCAAUGCUUGAAGCUUUCGUUAUGUUCGUUGGUAGUAGGAGUGUGAGUCUGUGAUCAUUGUCAUUUGGUGCUAUGUCAAUGUAGAGGACUUGAGGUUUUUAAUCAUGAUACAUGUUUGAUUUCACGUA